AUGCCAUGUCAUGAUCCUGCUCAGUAUGUUACUACGAGAACUGAUUUUGCAGAUCGUGAGGGAGAUCAAGCUCUUUACGGGUUUCUUGAUGGACACUGGGAAGUCAAAGUUCCUGAAGAAGAAAUGCCACCCAAAUUUCCGGAACCCACAAUCAUCAUUAACGUUCCCAAAGAUGAUAAGCCGUUUGAAGAAUGGCUAUUCAACGUUGUUGCCUUCAGUGAUGCAUGGUUGCUUUCUAUGAUGACCCACUAUGCUAAAAGUCUCAAGUUUAGCAAGGCUGAUAGGUCUGUUUGGUGGAAGAGUCAAGAGCCCGAGCACUCUUCUAAAUUGACUUUCUUGGGAUGGCUUUUCAGUACGAUAAGAAAGCUUCCAACAGUACUUGAGGUUGUGAAGGAGGUGAAGCCAGCACCAGCAGUCCUGAAUAAUAGCAGCUGCCAUACUGGCCCUAACUCCGAGAAUCAGAGAGAUUCAGAACUGCACAGCGAGAGCCAUCUGGUAGCCGUUCAUCCGAAGCCUGAGGAUCAGGAUAAGUUGGCAUUGCAAGAAGAGCACAAAGAUGAACCUGGAGGAGACAGAUGUGCAAUCCCUAGCGGGAUUUAUAUUUGGAGCGUGUCCUGGAUCAUUUGUAAAGUUUGCAAGAAGUGGGUGCAAAUGCAAAAAAAUUGA